AUGUCCAAUGGUAACUCUGGUGCCAUAUCAGCAGCAAACCAAGCUACCAUCACACGAAAUAAUAAUGACCCAGCAAUAAUUGCUUUACAAAAUCAAUUUCGUGACAUUAUCAAAGAUUUAAAUACAACAAGAAUCGGUUUUAUACCGGAUUUGGCUGCAAAAAAUCAACUGUUUAUCGAGUCACUUACGAAAGUUAAGCAAGUUGAAAUGCUUUGGGCAAUAUUUAAACUAUUAAAUUUAUUUCUUGAAUCAAACAACGCCGAACUUAUUUAUCGCACUAACAAUAAACAAAUAACAGGAUUAAAAGAACCAGAACUCGGACCAAAAGGUCUUUUGACAUUUUACAUUGACAUUGACCCUGAAAACUGCAAAGGUCUUUAUCCAUACACAAGACUUAACUGCCAUCCAUUCGAGCUAUACUUAGUGUACCAUCCAUUAGGCGUUGUUAUCAACCACGAGAACUGCCAUGCUUGCGAUGCCCUUUUGCAUAUCGACGAAAUACUUUCUGGAGUCAACAGAAAUAAGGAAGGCCAAAGCGAAAUAAUACAACAGAACUUCGCAAAUUACAAUAAGCAAUAUUUUAUCCAAAGAUUGCAAGUUUUUACAAAGAUGAUUACAUCAGAAGUCAAAAAUCUUAUUCCAACUAUUUCACUUAUGAGCCUUGACCCAAACGAAAUCAAAAACUACUACGAUGGAUCACGGUUUAACGAAGAUGUUUUAAAAUACUUAAAUCCUCCUGACAAAAUGUCCCCAAGCCAGUUAAAGGACUUAUCUAAAGAAAUUGACCACAUGAAAAGUAUUAAAAACUCUAAAGACUUUUAUUCAGAAAUUAAAUCAAUUGCCUCACGUUUUAAUAAACCGGAUUUACUAUCAAAGGCCAAAAAUGUUGAAAAGGCUUCGGCUAUUUUGGAUGCUUUUUGCGCUAUAUACUUAGCAUGGAACACAUUCAAUUUCGAUGAUUUAAAAAUCGUUUUUCCAUGGACCAUCAAAUUGGACGACCACAUGAAGCAAAUCCUCAACAGAUUCGAUAUUGACGAAUAUACAUUCAGUGAAGGCCAUGCUUUGAGUGCAUACGAUAAAGUUUUUCCAAAUGAAGCUUUGAUCUACUCAUUUGAAGAAGCUAAAAAGUUCCGAUUCGCAUUUGAUGGCACCCCAUCUGAAUUUCAGGAAUAUUACCACCUUAUCUUAUUAGGCAAUGGAAAUAUUCCAAUUCGAUUCAAUCACCUAGGUCCUAUCAACAACCAGAUUCAUUUCUUUAAAGCAAUGACUUCCAAAAAACAUUCAGAUUCUUUUAAGAAAGCUUUGUCUCACUGGAGCUACUUAUUUUGCGAAAUCACAGUAAAAAGUAUGAUUGUCGUUAGAAAGCCAUCAAAAUUACAGUUAAUUUGGACGGCUAUUAAGUGUCGAAAAGUUGAUAUUUACAUUGGAACGCUAUACUUAUCAUUUUGCGCCCUUGCUGUUAUUUUUGGAGAGGAUGAUCAGCACUUCUAA